AUUGGCAAACAGAAAACGCGACAAAACAAACGUAACUAAUGAGCAAAUUAUAUUAGUUGUUCCGAACUUUCCAACAGUACUUGAACGCAUCGUCCAUUAGUUAGCAGGCUUGCAGCCGGAUUGUUUUGUAGCAUUUUACUAGCAUUGGUAACGGCUGCCUGGCUAAGCAGCAGCUGUUUGAUGAACUUUUUGAAUGCAUAAAUAAUGCACUUCUUUUUUUGAAACAGUCUUAGCGGUUAUAGAUGAACUAAACGCAUGGAAAUGGAUAUUAGUGAGUGUGUGUUAUCUGCAGGUAGAGCCGUGUUGGACAUGGUGGAGCGCGAGUGGCAGCCUCUUUCCCCGGGCGAGCUGGAGCAGCGGCUGGAUCAGGCUGUGGAGGAGAUCUUGGAGGCUGAUCUGAUAGCAAAACUGAAAACUCAACCUCCUCCCAACUUAUACGUCCAGUUACUUCCGAGUCAGGCUGAUGUACAGCCCCAAGUUUUGCAGACGACAGCAUCCAAUUUUCAAGAAAAAGACGAGACCCCGGAAGAUCUGCACACAUCAGACCACUCUGCAGUCCAGUACAUUGCGGACCUGCUUCAGAGCUCCAAAUCCAGAACUCGAAUGGCAGGACGGGCCUGUUUAUCCCUGUCCCAAACCGUCCAGCUGUCCCUCACUCUGCUUUCUGAGCGUGUCAGCUACCGCUCUGUUUCUCACCGCUUCCACCUGGAGAAAGGAAACAUCCACAGGAUCUUCUUUUCUUUCUGUGAGCGCAUCAACAUGCUGGGAGAGAGGCUCAUCAGAUGGCCAGUCGGCACUGAGGCUAUAGAGGCCCUUGUUCCACUUUCCAGUCAAGAGAUGGAGGAGGAGCAAGGAGUACCUCUAAUCCUGGGAGUGUUGGGACACACCAGCAUCCCUAUCCGUCUGCCUAUGGGGAAACAUGAUGUGGACAGCACUGUGCCUAAAGUAAAACGGAUGAAAACCGAGGCGUAUGCCGACUCCUGGCUCAACCUUCAGCUGGUAUGUGACAUCAAUGGCCGGUUCUUACACUGCAGAAUCAGCAAAGGGUCAGACGUGGACAGAGGCAGCGCUCUGAGAGACAAACUCAAAGACCAUCCUGAAAUGAUGCCCUCUGGUUCCUGCCUCGUGGCCCAAGCCGGUUACCCGCUCUCUGCUCAGAUUUUGACUCCAUACUCAGGAAGCCUCGGACCGAGAGAGGAGCUCUUUAACAAAACGCUGGAGGGACAUUUUCAAAUACUGGAUCAGGCGGUUGCCAACCUUAAAGCCAGAUUUCAAAGGCUCCAAUAUCUUGAUAUCGGGAACUAUGAUCGAGCCAGAGUUGUUGUGCUGACUGCCUGUGUGCUGCAUAACGUGUUUCAGGACAUGGGACAGGUGGUACAAGGAGAUGUUGAGAAGGAGGAAGCUGCAUUCAGCGAGGUGGAGGGGGAGGUAGAUGAAGAGGGUGUACAGAGACGUGACACCAUCUCACAAUUGUUGUUCAAGAACUUUGACUCUGGAAGCAGAUGAUGUGAUAAGAUCUGUCGAAAAUGUUCUGUUUAUGGAUGUUAGCGUAAAGUUCUGUAGAAUAAAAGAUCGUUUUAACAGAA